AUGGCCAGUCGUGGUGGUCAACAACAGCAAGGCGAAGGCGUCGACCUCGCCACGCUCACCGCCCAGCAACUAAGCGCCGUCAAGAAGCAGCUCGACGGCGAAGUCGAACACCUCUCCAACUCAUACGCCCAGCUUGCCGCAGCCCAGGCCAAGUUCAAGGAGUGCCUGCGCGUCGUUCAGUCGGGGUCGUCGUCUUUCGAUAAAUCCAAAUCCAUCCUCGUCCCGCUUACAUCCUCACUCUAUGUCAAGGGUAACCUGGCCGAUCCGGACCGGGUACUUGUCGAUGUAGGGACGGGCUUCUACGUAGAAAAGGACACAAAAUCCGCCACGACCUUCUACGACGCCAAAGUCAAAGAACUCGCCGCCAAUAUUCAAGGGCUCGAGGGGAUCGUCCAGGCCAAGACCAACAACCUGCGUGUGGUAGAAGAAGUCCUGCGACAAAAGGUCAUCGCACAAGGAGGAGCAGGGGCAGGGGCAGGCCCAUCAGCCGGGCAAGCGGCAUCGGCCGCAUGA